CUCUAUUUCACUCCAAUACACACACCCACUACCGUUUACAGAGACAGAGAGACGAAUCGAAGAAAGAGAUGUUCUAUUCUCAUACGUUUUUGGCCAGGAAGGGCCCCUUGGGGACUGUUUGGUGCGCUGCCCAUUUGCAGCACAAACUCCGAAAAUCUCACUACGUCAAGACCAACGUCUCCACCACCGUCGAGAAAAUCAUGAAUCCUGAAGUGCCGAUUGCACUGAGAAUGUCAGGUCAUCUACUGCUUGGAGUUGUGCGGAUAUAUUCGAAACAAGUUGACUACUUUUUUGAAGACUGCAAUGAGAUAAGGAUCACUAUUAACAGGGUGUUUACAACCAUCUCUGUCAAUCUUCCAAGUGAUGCCACUCAAGCGCCCCUUCAUUCCGUUACUUUACCAGAAAAAUUUAAUCUCGACAACGUAGAAUUAGAUGAUUAUUGUUUAGACUGGCGUGAGGAUUCUCAUCUUAAGAGCCAUGAUGAGAUAACACUAACAGAGCAAAUUCCUACUGGAAAAGAUCCUUACAUUGUCAUCACUGUUGAUGAGCGUGAUCUGAGGACCUCGUCAUCGAUGGAAGAAACUUCAGGAUCAGGUCCCACGCCAAUGGAGGAAGAUGAUGUUCCUCGUGGCGAGUUUGAUGCAUCUGCUGCUGGUUUUGGGACUCCGUCUCAUAGUAAUAAUUUAGGAGCAUUUGGAAGUAGAACCCCACAAGAUAUACCAAGUUUUCCUCGUGUCGAGUUAGAUGCAUCUGCUGCUGGUUUUGAGACUCCAUCUCGUAAUAACAACUUAGGAGCAUUUGGAAGUAGAACCCCACAAGAUAUACGAAGUAUAGAAAUCAUGCGUGAUGCUCAAUAUGGUUUUGAUUUCAAUAAUUCACCAAUACUGCCCGACCGUGCUCUUCCUGACAAAUUUCUGGAGGAUCAAAUCAUCAGAGAUAAUGAGAUGCAAACUCCAGUUAGAGAAGAAGUGGUAUUACCUGAUGCAGGCUUUUCUUCAUCCCAUAACCAUGGAGAACAACACUCGCCUGUGCACUUGGAUUCUCAAAUACCUUUUGCCCACAAUUCACCCGAAUUGGAACUCCAACCAACUCCUGAGAUGGAAAUUCAACCAACGCCUCCUGUGGCAAAGGAAAAAGUUAGAAGGAAAAGAAAGCAGCCUUAUGAUACAACAACUGUUCUGAGCAACGACCACGUUAAGAAAGCACUAGAAGAUACCAGUGAUAUCCUCCGGGAAAGAAGGAAUUGUCCCUUAACUUCUCUUUCAAUCUGGAAGCGAAACAACAGGAGACGGUUAAGGAAAGAAGGUUUAUUUGUCGAACCAUUUGUAACUGGGUCUUCGGCUGAGCUGCAGGGUAUAUACAGUGAAGACUGUGCUAAAAACCAUCUAGUUACUAUCCAGGAAACAUCUCACGAGGCAAAUGUUGAAAAACCCUCUUCAUCUAGGCAUGACAACGAUAUUGAGAUUGAAGUCCUUCGCAAUAAUGACCGUGCUUCACCAGAGAUAUGUAUGCCGUCCUUUUCUACUCCAGUGCCUUCUCCAAGUGGAAGAAGCCAUUUCAAUCCUGAAAAAUCCAAUGCUGAUUUGCUAUCCGAACACCUGGAAAUGACUGAUCGAACAUUACCAACGUCUGAUGUGGGAGCAUCUGGGAAUCUUGAUUCGGGAAUGAGAACCCCAGAUGCAUUCUGUGACAGUGAUAUGCGAUUCGACAACACAGUCCUUUCUGAUAUACCUGAGCUUGUGCCUUCCAGCGGAGAUCUUGGGUUUCUAGAGCAGGAUGACGAUUCUUCAGCUGGAUCGCAAGGAACGCCACAAGUUGGUGUUUUCCCAGGGAAUCAAAGCACCCCAGAGCUUAGUGCAUUGUCUUCACGAACAAGGGCUGUGGCUCAAUACUUGAAAAAGCAGUCAGCAACCCCUAUCUCAAGCAGUUUAGAAGAAUCGUCUGAAAAUCUCACUUUGGGAAAGAUUCUGAAUGACAAACCAAGAAAAAUAUGUGCACGGAUGUUCUAUGAGACGUUGGUUUUGAAGAAUUGUGGACUUGUAGAUGUUCAUCAAGAGAAAUCUUACGAAGAUAUCGUUCUAAAGGUGACACCGAAGCUUUCGAAGGAGCAGUUCUCAGUCUAAUAAGGCACAUUAGUUUUGCAUGUAAAUUUAGGUGGAUCCAUGAAGAUUAGUAGAAUAGGGGAAUCAUUGACCUUAAAUUAUUAUUCCUAGUAGAAUAACUUUGUGUAGGACUUUUCCUUUGUGAGAUCUUUGUGUUAGAAUUGGUCUUUUUCUU